AUGGCGAGAAAUGGAGGCAUACUGCCAGAAGCUAGUGAAGACCUAAGGCUUUCUGCUAAUAGCCAUAUGAAUGAGCCACUGUGGAAACAGAUAAAUCUCGCAGCUGCAGUCAAGCCUUCAAAUGACUGUAGCCCCUGCCAACAUACUGAAUGCCACCACUUGAGAAACUCUGAGCCAGAACCACCUGGCCAAGCUGCUCCUGAAUCCCUGACCGACAGAAACUCUACUUUGAAGUCUUUUCCUGAUAAAGCCUACAUCUGGGCUCAUGAAAAGUCAGUUUCUACUGACUGCUUUUUGCUCCCAGGUCACGGGGAGGGCGCGUGGAGCCGUCAGUGCGCGCACGGAGCGGAACUCCUGGGCUCUCAGCCCGGCAGGACCCUCGCAGUGACCCGCGGGCGUCGGGCGCCCGCGCCGCUGCCCGCCCGCGCUCGGGUAGCCUCUCGCGGCCGCAGCCGUGCGGCCUGCGUCGCAUCCGGUUGUUACCCGAGAGGCGGGAGCGCCGAGCCGGGCCGGACACUGAGCUUGUCGGCGCGGGCGCGAAGCAGCUCAGAAGAUAAAGUAACAGUCCACUUUUUAAACCGCGAUGGUGAAACAUUAACAGCCGAAGGAAAAGUUGGUGACUCUCUGCUAGACGUUGUGGUUGAAAAUAAUCUAGAUAUUGAUGGUUUUGGUGCAUGUGAAGGAACCUUGGCUUGCUCUACCUGUCACCUCAUCUUUGAAAAACACAUGUAUGAGAAAUUAGAAGCAAUUACUGAUGAGGAGAAUGACAUGCUUGAUUUGGCGUAUGGUCUAACAGACAGAUCUCGGUUGGGCUGCCAAAUCUGUCUGACAAAAUUUAUGGACAAUAUGACUGUUCAAGUACCUGAUGCCAUGGCCGAUGUCAGACAGUCCAUUGAUGUGGGCAAGAACUCCUAAGGCAGAGUAAAUAGGAAUAUUUUCACAAAAUUUUACCUAUUUUUAUAAUUAUUAUUUCUUAAUGUAAUUGAGAACAUAUAUGAAUGGGUUUACUAUUAUGACUAGCUUUACUACUUAAUCCACCUUGUAUAGCUAAUGAAUUUUGUAGGUCUGAAAGUAUGCAAUCUUUAUUUUUGUUAAAUUAUAAAAAGCAAAUUAAAUAUUAGAAAAUAGUUAAUAUGAUAAAACAUUAUAUGUUUUACCGUAUGUUUGUUUAGCAACUUUAGCAAAAUGUUUUCACAUAAAUCUUAAUGCCUAUUUGCCUAUAAUGUAGAUUAAAAAAGGUUUUAUUAUCCGUAUAAUAUGUAGGUGAAGGCAGAGAUCCAGAAUGGCUUAUCUAGGACCAUGCAGUGAAUUAGAAAAUCUAUACUGGAACCACAUUUUGUUAAUACAAAUUAUAUGUUCAGAUUGACAAAUUAUGAAUAUCUUAAUUUAUAGUAGUUAUUAAAUGUGAAUGCUUAUGGAAAAAAUAA